AUGGAGGACGCCGAGCGGCCGCCGCCGCUCCGGAUCACCCCUACCGUUCGGGCGCUGAGCUCCGCAUUGCGGGGAAAGCGCGAGAACGUCCCCGACAGCAGGCGUGGAAACGGCGACAGGAUCUGCCCCGAACCCGAUAAGCUUUGGUUUAAGGAGAGCAGCGCCAAGAACCUGCGGAGCAGGGACUUCUUGUCACCGACCACGAUGCUGAACACGAUGUAUGCGGACGGGCAGGUGCCUCCAGCAGUCAUGUCCAGGCUCAUGUCCCUUCGCGGCAGCGGGGUUCUCCCCAUCGCCGGCGGUGAGGUGAUGGGUGAGGGGCUGAGGGUGAGAGUGGACCGGGCCGCGGCCUUCAGGGCCGUCCUGCCUGAUGGAGCCACUGAGUAUCUGAAGCCAUCAAGCACGAAGCAGGGCUGUGUGGUGCUCAACUGCCCCGCGCUGCACCCUAAAGCCAACAUACCCAGUCCCGAUGCCCUGACUCUGGGCCAGCUGAGGACGGUGCUGCUGGCUGACCACAUGGGAGCACUGUUGAAAAGACAGGGAUUUGCGGUGUCCUACUGCCCCACGCUUCCCGAAGACAGCGACAUCGUUGCCUUUUUAAGAGAUCUAGGAAUCAACUGGCCGACAGCCCCAGCAGCGUGGACCAAUGAGGAGCGGGAGGAGAAGAUCCAGGCGGCGCUGGAGAAUUCCCCGUACAAAGAGAGGGAGACGGAGAGAGGCAGGAGACCCAGUGGAGGCGGAGGGAGGAAGGCCGAUGAGGGGGAGAACGAGGAGGUGCUGCGGGUCAACCUGAAGCGGGUGUUUCAGGAGGAGGGGCUGCAGGGAUACGACCCAAGCCUUGGUACCUGCACAGUACACAGAGACAGUGUUUCCCACCUGGCGCAACUGGACCUGGCAACCGUUGACUGCAGUGUUGUCACGGCAACAGCGUUACAUGUGACAUCAUGUCAAGAUGAGUUUCGCCAGCAGCAGAUAGCAAUGCUGUGGAGGGCCAGUGGAGCAACACAUGUACAGAAACAUCUGGUGUGUGGGCCUGUAAAGACUCCUGGCUCUCACCUCACUGCUGCACAGUACCUGCAGCUAAGAAGAGGUCAGAUGAAGGAGGCGUCAGAGAUGAAGUAUGGAGAUCAAAUAGAGGGUCAGACGUGGGAUGACAUCAUCAGAGUCAUGACCUCUGCCACUGUCAGAUUUGAGCUGCUCUCGACCGUUCACACCAGCCCUGUGACGCUAGAUGUCCAGAGGGAGGGCAGCGUGUCCACCAAAGGACCGAGGGGAGGAGUGUUUGUGAUGUAUAACUGUGCCAGGCUACACACGCUGUUCGACAGCUAUGAGAGAGGAGUGGAGAAAGGUCUGUACCCAGAAAUCCCAGAGGGCUCCCAGCUCGACUUCACAGCUCUCAAAGAGGAGGGCGAGUGGCUGCUCCUGUUCAAUUACCUCAUUCCUUUCUCUGAGCUGCUGGACCAAUCGGGACAAGCCUUGGAAGGCGACAGCGGAGGAGCCAGAGUCAAUAUUAGAACCGAACAGAUCUGUAAAUUCCUCGUGUCACUCAGUAAAGACUUCAGCUCGUACUACAACAGAGUCCAUGUGCUGGGGGAGCCGCUGCCUCAUCUCUUUAACCAGAUGUUUUGUCGCCUGUAUCUGUUGAGGGCGUUGAGAGAGCUCUACCACAGCGCCCUGGACACCCUCACCCUCCCCCCCAUCAGGCAGCUAUAGCCUGACAAUCCACCGCUGCUGGGAUCUCUGCCAGCUCUGCCUCCUCACACACUCAGACCCGCCUGUGUACAGCCUGUGUAACAGUAGGUUAUGACGUCACGUCUCACCUGCCCACUAUGUAGCUUUUGCAGUCAAUAAUCUCUGUAGCUCAACACACUGUACAUUGUAUUAACCCUUCUAUCAUGGGUUUUUAAGAUCAGUGUCUGAAGAGUAUGUUUAAAGGUACCACAAUCAGCCUGUUCAAAGUGAAGGCAAAUGGUAACGGGUAGAACCAACUUUCAGCUCCUCUUGAUUAACAUCAUAUGUCCUGAUCUAGGACCGAUCUGUCUAGGUCAGGAAGUAGUCUGCCACGUAACCCCUAAGUGCGUGUAAAAAACUACCUGGUUGUGUGGAAGAUGUCCUGCAUCAGACACAGCAGGCACAACUGUGUGAACGCAAGAUAGUAAAAGACGAAAAUAGGACACAUUUUUCGAUUGAAGUCUGCUUUUAAACCUUACUCUCAUCACGCAACUGUACAGUAAGUUUACAAAGCCUCUUAUUCACCAGUCUGCAAGGACCAACAUCAGUUAGAGUUCCAAACUGUGAACAGGAGUUGUCUAACUUUCUAAAUUGCCUUAUUAUUUUACCAGUCACUAGGAGGCUCCCCACUUUAAAACACAAAAGUGUCUUGUGACAGCCAAACAAAGUCCAGAUUAAUGUGUUAAACACCUUGUAUUUUUUAAGUAUUCUAUGUAGUCUAUGGGUUUGUUUAAAAAAACCCAGACAUGUAUAGAUGAUGUACAGUAUUCUAACUAUCGCAUCACAAAUAUGAUGAUUAGGAACCAGAGAUGGGUUAUAGUGAACCUGAUGAUGAGCAGCAUAUGCAGCAUUGUGCCAACAUGAUGAGAAAUGCAUGAAAUAACACGAAAAAGUAAUAUAGGAGUUAAAUGAAAUGUAAUGGUAUUCACACAAACGGUGACCUGCUGAACAGUUCUGUUGCAGUUCCCAUUGUGUCUAAAUGAACCCUAGCUCGUUCUGAUUUUGUGUUUGUUGCAGUGUGGUGUUUUUUUCUAAUGUCCUUUAUAUCACUGAAACAUAAAGCAUUGAGACAAAGAUCAAGUACAAAGUCACUGCAUGAAAUAUAGAGUCUCUAGGUCUAACUUUGCAUUUAAAGAGUUUUAUUAGCUACAGAGAACGGAAGCAGGUGUUUUUAAUACGCUGCCAUGUUCACAUCUUCAGUAUUAAUGUACUUGAUACCAUCCCACUGUUAGAUGUGAUAGAUGUGUAUGUUCACUAAAACAGUGGCGUGUCUUUCAUGCAUCCCUGUGACCCCCCCCCCCGACCCCCCCGUACUGAUAUGUUCCCCACAUUCAGUUCUUUUUUUACUUUGCCAUUUUUGUUAGAAGGGGAGUUACUAUAGAACAAAGCUUAAACGCUUUCAAUCUUUUAUGAUGGAAACAAAAUAAUUAUUAUGUAAAUCGAACCAAAGUCAAUCUAGCAAGAGAGCCGGCUCAUGGGAAUGGGCAAAUGGGAAGCCGCAGUCUCUCCUACACACAUCAUCACCAUCAGCAUGUUUUAUAUCUUUACCUUAUGCUGAAUUAAAAUAACCACAGCACUUUCUGUGGCUGCAGCCUCAGAUGGAUGACGUACUGCCAGUUGUUCCAUGGAUGAACCCCCUCAUGCUCCACUGCUAUGCCCGGCCCUCGGGCUACGUACAUAACCCACAUGCUGCAUGAAUCCACAGUGAUCCAUACAUACUUCAGUCCAUUUCCCUCUCUACUUACUCUUUUCUUGCUUUCUACUCAACCUGAGUCCACCUGCUCCUAUAAAAUACGCUGCUGCACAGGACAAAGUGAUUUUAUAGAUACACAUGUGUGUUGUAGUUUGACUUCCUUGCUGCUUUUGUGUCUUUCUGUGCCUCUGCUGUUAAGACACAGACCAUGUGCUGUGUAUACAUACUGCAGUGCAAGUCUUGUGCAGCCUUUAAUUAGGAUAUGUAUACCUAAGUGUUGUAUAUAAUUAUAUACAGACUAUAUCCAAAUUUGUGAUUACCAGAUUAUUUGACAUGAUGUAUAUUGUAUCGAUACUGUAUUUAUGUCAUUUAUGUAUAUUCCCUGCCUUUAUAAAUCUGGCCCAUGCUCAUAUUAUUCUUAAUUGCAUAUUAUCCCUCUCUGUGUUCUUUUACACAUUUUUUUAUAUGUGGUAGAUCUAAAUCACACACCUGCAAUGUUGGACCUAUAAAUGUUAGUGCAAAUAACACAAUAUAAUAAUAAUAAAACAUAAAUUUGGCAUUACUUAUUUAAAAAUGUGUUAUAGAGAAAAUGUUUUUUCAUCUAGCCUUUAUCAGUAGAAGCAGGUUAAGAGCAGAGGAAGAUGAAUCAUUUAGGUCUUGAUCUAAUCCCACUGCGCACACGCAGCUGUGUCUCUCCUUUAACCCACUUGUUUCUUUCUACCGCUGAAUCACAUUUGCUGUUUCCAAGCUGUGCUGUUUGUUCACGUGAUCGCCAGCACUGUGUUUCCUCUUUGCGACGUUUUGUUUAUUUGUAUGGCUUCAGAGUCGGAUGCAGAAGUUGGGCACAAGCGCUGCUUGUAUAUAAAUAAUAAAUGGAUAGCUCUGAUAA